ACACUAGUGCCACUGUUUCUACUAUAGUCAUGUCUGUUGAUGUUUAUAACAAUGGAGGAUCACGUGUACCUGUAGCUGGACUCAGUGACCCAGUGAUGGUCUCAUUCACUGUCACUUCAAGCAAUAGCAUGUCUGAGUGUGCUUUCUGGGAUUCUACUAGCUUUACUUGGUCUAAUGAUGGUGUAACUACUGUCCGUUCAACUACUGGUAUUACAUGCAUGGCCACCCAUUUGUCAAGUUUUGCUGUUGUACAGAGAGGUCCUGUUUCAUCUUCAACCACACCAACACCAACUCCUACUGGUGUUACUCCUCCUACUGAACCAGUUACUGAAGAAUACAGUCCUGAGCCAAUACUCUUUGUUGGUCUCAUCAUUUCUAUAUUAUUAAUUCUGGUUGCUGUUAUUGGCCACCUAGCAUCAGAUGCACAGCGUCAUUGUCCAGAGGGUAGAUUGCUAGCUACGUCUCAUAUAACACUCAUGAUACUCUACUUUGUCUUUGUAUUGGCUACUGCUGCUACAUACACUGAUUCAACUGGUUUCUGUGGUACAUUUGCUGGAUUGUUCCAUUACUUCAGUUUGGUCUACUUUGUCUGGCUAAUGUUUGAAGGAUUGUUUUAUGCUGUCAAACUUCGUAUGGGAAUUGGUGGCAAUGUGUUCACUCGCCACUUCUUUAUUGUGUCAUUAAUAGUUGCUUUAGUAUUGCCUGCUGUGAUUGUCAUCAUCUCUGCUGCUGCUGGCUAUGAUUACUAUACUGUGGAAAAUGCUUUCUGUCGCCCUCAGAUGCAUCUAUUUUAUUAUGGUUACAUUCUGCCAAUGAUAGUGAUUUACCUCCUAGCUCUUCUAAACUACAUCAUCUCAUUCUUCCUAAUCUAUUGCUCAGGAAUGACCUCAGCAGAGAAGCAAUUCCGUAAAGACUCGGUCAUAUCUCAUUACUACGUUGGGUUGAUCCUCUUUAUCAUAUUUGGUGUUGUAUGGGUAUUUGCCAUCACUGGUACUCAGUAUAACAUCACUGGUCCCGGAUCAACUGCCCUCCAGUAUGUAUUUGGCUUCUUCUCCAUGAUUCAUGCUCUGUUACUUGUUAUACUGACGUUUGCUCGUACUUCUGAUACUCGCUUAGCUUUUAGACCUGUCACUAGAAUGAUUCCAGGACAAAAGGGGCAAUAUGACUUUGCUCAUGAUCCGUCUGUUGGCAAAGCAACUCGGAGAGAAACUUAUGGAUUAGAUUCUUCAGGAAAAUAUUUGACCAACGAAACGGAGGCUGCUACCACUGCAGAGAAAGAACCUCUGGCUUCUGGAGAUGUUGAUGAUGAGCCACGCUAUGUGACUACAACAAUGACUGAGAAAGAGCCUGAAGCAUCGACUGUUGUAGCUAAUGAAGAAGCUUUAGCGACUGAAGAGGAAGACAAGAAAACAGAACUCUAAACUUUGGUGAUGAUAAAUUUUUAAUAUUAUAGUCUUGUGUGAUUUUAGUAGUUUCCCUAUUUUUGGUUUGUGUACAUGCACAUGCAUACAUUAUCACUAUACUUGUUAUUUAAUAAAAAUUAAUAGUUGUUGAGUUGAAAUUAA